AAUAAAAAAAUGUAAAUGGUGAAACAGAUUGAUAGCUAUAAAAAACGGGUACGUGGCAGUUACAAAGCACUGCACCAUCUCUUUUCAAAAUCCCCAAUCUCUUUCCGCCACCACUCCUCCGCCGCCCGGGAACAUGAGAUGGUAGGCUUAAGCGUGAUCCUCGAAACCUACAGAGACCGAAGCCCCCAAAUUCUCAGCAAAGCCGCCAUGAAUAUGAUCAUCAAACCUAAUUCCUCUGGAUUUCUCGAUAAUUGCUUCCUCUGCCGCCGCAAAUUAUUGCCGGGAAAUGACACAUUCAUGUACAAAGGGGAUAGGGCAUUUUGCAGUGUGGAGUGCAGGUGCAGGCAGAUUUUCAUGGACGAAGAGGAGAGUGCUUGUACGUUGGAGUACACCUGUUCAGCUGCCGCCACGUCAUCCCGCAGCGGCAAGGGAGGGAGAGCUCCGUUUGCGUUUUGAAGGAAGAGUGUGUGUUUUUCCGUUUCUGCCCUUUGUUGGUAGCGUUUCUAUCUCAACCGAGCCAGGGACUGUUUUGUCAUCUCAUCGUUUUACCACCGGAGGAGAUUUUUGAAGGGUGUUUCUCAACCAAAUACGAAAAUAAAAUCAAUAUUCACAAGCUCA